AAAGAAGAACACGUCUUUUCUGUUUCGGCCUAAACGCGCAUGUUCCUGCUUUGCUUGAAAUGUAUAACCCUUAUAUUCAUCCUGGCCUGGCGCAGUCCCUGUCUGUUAGUUGCUGGACACGCCACAGUACAUGUCUUUCCUUUGUGAUUCCUGAUCCUUCACUACCUUGACAUAAAAGCCUAAUUUUAUGGGGCCCUAGAAGAGGACCCUAGAAGAGAACCAUCCCACAUUAAAGUGCAGUAAGGAGCAGAAGUUUCCCUCAAUGCGCCCAAAGUCACUUCAAUUCCAGGCGUCUGCGUCCGUGAGGACGUUCUCUGUUUAACUGAAGAAUAAAGAAAUCAGAAAGAAACAAUAAUCAAAGAAUAAUAGAUUCUGACUGGCCGUCGAAAGGCGCGUGGUCAUCGUGAAACAAGAAGAAGAAGAAGAAGAUACGACGAAAGGAGGAGGAGUAAUUUAAUAACCUUGAGUUUGAACUUUUUUAUGUAUAUGUAUAAUGGCAAUUUUAAAAUUUAUUCGUAUAAAUAAAUGGAUCCCAAAAAUAAGAGCGAACAGAUGCCAACUGUGCACUAAAUCGGACAAUGAAAAAGCGCCAGUGAAAAGAAGGCGGCAUAUUUCAAAGCGUUCGUCAGAAGUAGAUGCCUUUUUCCAAUCGAACAAUCAUAUGGAAUAUCUAAAGGAAUUGAUUCCUGCAAACAUUAAAUUGCAAAGAAAAACCGUUAUCCCAGAUCGAAUGUAUUUGAUUUGUCCGAAUACUGCGAAAAAAGUUGCCGAAUAUGUUUGGGAACAGACCAAAUCGAAUACGAAUCAGUUGAUCUGCGAAACUAAUCCCGGCGUCGGCGUAAUUACCAUAGAAUUGCUAGAGAAAGGGGCCCGAAAAGUCCGACUUUAUGAACCAAACGAACUGUUCCAUGAGCCCUUAAAGGUUUUAUUACAAAAAUAUUUACAUCGAAUUGAAAUUGUUGACAAAGAUCUGAUGCAUUUAGGCAAAUACGUUUAUCUUGACAACAAAGAUCCAGCAGACAGGGUCGAAAAAUUAUUAGAAGGAAUACCUAAGAAAAGCUGGACAGAUGAUCCUGUAAUGACUGUUGUAGGUGUCUUGACAAGAAAUGAUUUUAUCAAAGACCUAGUCAAAUCUAUCGUUUCUCGAAGGAACAUAACCGCUUUAGGCAGGACCGAUUUCUACAUGUUUGUAUUUCCCACCGACUGGAUAAAACUAACCGAAGAAGAUGACGUAAAUUUUUACCUGAAAUUUUGGGUAAUUCUAUACAAUAUAUUCUUCGAUUUUCAACUGAUUGAUAAAUUUGAUAAGGUGUUAUUCAUGCCGUGGAUUACGCAAACAAAAAAGAACAAACAGCCGCUAGAUCCAGAUAAAUUGUAUUUUAUUAAAAUCAGUAUGAAAAAAUCGUUCAGUAUCAGUAUGGAAGAUAUUUUACCGUUCUUUGUAUUCCUAAAGUGUUUUUUGCGAUAUAAAAAUCAUUAUAUCAUCCCAACUUUGGAAUCGUGGGUUCCCGAUUGUGGUAAAACAAUUAUUGCACCGAGACAAGAGCACGAAGGCUAUUUUGAAGAUAUGGGCAUAUACACAAAAUUCAGUGAGCUUAACGCCAAACAAGUAAUAGCCAUUUUUAGGGAGGUAUUGUCACAUCCAAACUACACUAACAGCCCAUUUAUGGAAACAAUAGAAUCAGAAACUAUGAAAUUUGACAGUAUAGAACUGGAUAUGGAUGAAUUUUUGGCUAAAACAGAGCUUGAAAUUACUAGUGCUGACAGUACUGACCCCGAUAAGGAAACAGAAGUAAAAACAAGCUGAUACAUA